AUGAGUUGGAGAACUGGGGCGUGCACGCUGCUGCUCGCCAUUUUCUCAACAGUUUCAGCUAUUAAUCUUAUACAAGAAGAGCCUUCGAUUGCUGUAACAGCAUGUGUGGCUGGAGACGGUAUCGAUGUAUCACCGGCGUUGGCUGAACUAGCCGCCCUGACAUUACGAAUCGCUGGAAUAAAGGCACACACAGUGCCACCUCCAAAAUCAUGCAUAUCGCCUUCAAGAGCAGACUCAGAAUUCUGUCGAGAGGCCAUUCUUGCUGAAUUGGGACAAGGGCGUUUGCACGUAGCCUUAUUAUCUGUACCGGCAGCUAAUGCACCAGCUGCUUGGCAGUUACGGGACACUGGCUUUGAUGAUCUUGGUGAUGUAACUUCACCAACAAGGAGAGUGUGUGUAGGGACACCACCCGCGCGUUCAUUACUUGACUUAGAGGAUGCAUCUUUAGCUAAGAAGUAUUAUUUAUCACCGCGCGAAAUAUCUACAGCACUUCAAACAGAUAUGCUAGAUAAUACGACGACCAAACAAACACAAUUAAUUGAGCCUCUUAUCUCUAUGGAACCAGAAUGGUGUAACGCUAAUAGCUCAUGCGCGACUAUAUUCACAAGCGACGAGGGAGAAGCCCGUCUCCUUUAUUCUGUAAUUAAAGAAAAUUAUUUGCGCGGUAUAGUCGUUCCAUUGGGAAAUGAACUGCAUAAAAUAACCAAGUCCUUCAAAAAAGAAACCUUCAUCGUUUGUGAUUGGAGCCAACGGUUUAAUGGCCCGUAUUAUCCACUGGGCCCUCCAUCGUGCGGUAUGGAUCCUGACAAGUGCCACUUUGAAAGUCGCCGUUUAGUAAAAUGGAUUAAUACCAGAGCACUAGCGAGAUCACCCACCGCAGUAAGAGCUUUGAACAGAUUAAAAAUAAACCUUGCUGACUUGCAAGAAUUGGCUUCAAGAAAGAAAGAAAACGGAGUAGAGGCGGGUGCCCUCAGUUUUUUAGCUGCACAUCCAAUUCGAGGCAACUCCCGUCAGUUGCGUGUGGUAGCUUUCCUACCAGUUGCAACAAUACGAGAAGUCUACGAUGCUUCGGCGUUAGCCGCUGCUGCUGCUUUAGCCGAUAGAGACCUUGAAGAAAUAUUGCCGGGAAUAGCUUUCUUUAAGGUUCAAACCUAUGAUGAUCGAUGUAAUGCCGCCGAAGCGUAUAAGUACCUAAUCGACGCAUUAGGUACUGGUGAUUACGAUACAUUAACAGCGGCAGUUGGCCCUGCAUGUGGAGCACCAUUUGCUGAUGUAGUAAGACAAGGUCCGGCUCACGGUUUACCAGCAUUGGCAUAUACUGCUCAAUCUCCCCCAGCUCCGCCGGCUGCUCCUCUAGCUUUAUUAGCGGCCGGUGAUGCUAGAACUUCUGGAGAAGCAGUAGCAGCUUUAUUGGCUAACUUGGGAUGGAGACGAGUGGUUUCGCUGAGUGAAUCAUCAACCCAUUCAGCUUUAGCGACAGCAAGUCUUGGUGUUGAUUUUAUAGUACAUUUAGAACUUCCAGAUGAGAGACCUGAGUAUGACCCUUCUGCAUUCACUUUGUGGGCUGAUCGAAUAGCGCGAGCAAAUGGACGAAUCAUCUACAUCUGCGUUGAAGAUGCACGAGCGGUGAGACACGCAUUGUGUGCAGGUCAUAAAUCUGGACUCACUCCCAGCAACGGAGCAGUUUGGAUACUCCCUUCAUCUUUGCCUCCUAAUUGGUAUGAACCGACGGAAGCCGAUACGUGCUCGUCUGAGGAAAUAGAUGAAAUGAUUUUGGGGCAUAUUUCAGUGGCACCAGAUUGGCUAAUUCCAUGGUUGAGUGACGAACAUGGCAAUAGUUCAAAAUCAGAAGAAAUUGAGUCCUGGGAAUAUCGAUGGAGAGAAGCUUGUCAGUGGCUCAAAGUGGACUGUGCACAGCCCGGGCCACAUGCAGUGUUAUUAUACGACACUCUAAAAUUAUGGGCAAACACGCUAAAACAAUUGAUAAAUAGUCGCCCAACCGCUCUGGACGACUUGCAUGAUCCUGAUCUUAUAAGAUCCUUAGUGACAAAUGCAACGUUGACAGAUUAUGUUGGCCUCACAGGCAAAUUUGAAUGGACUAAACUUAGCGAUGAGGGAGCUGUAUUCGCCCGCAGCUCGCCUUUAGUAAUAUAUCAAUGGGACGGUAAACGUCGCCUUGAAAUUGGCCGGUGGUGGAAUGAGAAACUAGAAUUGAAUGAAAACAAUUUAAAAUGGUACACUUCUGAUGGGCGGAAACCAGACGAUGGACACGAACGCUGUGCUAUGCAACCAUUUGCAGACCUUUUUCACACCGAAUGCCGAACUGCGUCCAUACUCCUAGCGUCAAUUUUAUUGACAUUUACCAUCUUUCUUCUAUCUGGACUUGUUUUGUAUUGCAAAAGACGUGCAGAAAAGAAAUAUCGCGCUAAACUUGAAGCUUUAACGCUUAGGAGGUUACCAUUAAUUCAAUCCGUUGGACUAGAUCCAUGGGAAAUAGCCCGCGAAAGGGUAGUAAUUAAUCGUAAAUUGGGCAUGGGAGCUUUUGGUACCGUUUACGGUGGCCACGCUUUGUUGGCAGAAGAUCGUGGCUGGACAGCUGUUGCAGUUAAAACUUUAAAAGCAGGAGCAAGCAAUGACGAAAAAGUCGACUUCUUGUCAGAAGCGGAAGUCAUGAAACGAUUUGAUCAUAAGAAUAUUGUACGCUUACUAGCUGUUAUAACUAAGACCGAACCGGUGUGUACUGUUAUGGAAUUUAUGUUAUAUGGUGAUUUAAAGAAUUACCUACUAGCGAGAAGACACUUAGCAAACGCGGAUUCGGGAGAUGAUCCCGAAGAACAAGUUUCAGCAAGGCGAUUAACUGGCAUGGCGUUAGAUGUAGCGAGAGCUCUCUCGUACUUAGCUCAAAUGAAAUAUGUUCAUAGAGACGUUGCAGCUCGAAAUUGUUUAGUGAGUGCAAGAAGAGUGGUGAAAUUAGCCGACUUUGGUAUGACAAGACUUGUGUUUGAGAAUGAUUACUACAGGUUUAGCAGAAAAGGCAUGCUUCCGGUGCGAUGGAUGGCGCCAGAGAGUUUAGCUUUAGGAAUAUUUUUGCCAGCAUCAGACGUAUGGUCAUUUGGGGUUCUGUUGUAUGAAAUAGUGACAUUUGGGUCGCUACCAUUCCAAGGGUUCAGCAACAGCGAAGUUCUAAAUAAAGUGAAGUCUGGUCAAACGAUCACUCUCCCGACAGGACUGAAGCCUCAAUUGGAAGGGCUCAUAAAAUCUUGUUGGCAGCCUGAGUAUAAAUCGCGUCCUACUGCAUCCGAGGUUGCUGCCUUCAUUGCGGAUACUCCUAGACUGCUAACUCCUUGUCUAGACAUCCCUCUGGACGCGUUGACACUCGACGCAGAUUCUUGGCGUUUACCAAGAGAUAGGGCUGAAGCUCGAUGGGUGUCAUGGGCCGCUCCUCCAUCCGCGACUACAGAUACGACCUACCUCAGUACAGAAGCACCGCGAGAAAGUGCAAUAAGAGAAGUCCGUAUUGACAGAAAGAAAUACGAAGUGAUAGUGAAAGGUGGGGGAGGAGCAGCAAGGGCAGCAGCUGCUUUACAGCUUGCAGUGAUACGUCAUGGGUUGCGGUAUGCAGCACGUUUAGAUCCAACCGAAGCUGACGUUUGCGAACUAGCAGCAAAAACGAAAAACAUAUCAGUCGUGUUAGCUCCAGCGGCGACUUUAAAUCGAAAUGGAUGUGGUAACGGAGAACGCAGUAUUGACUAUGUAACUAGUCUCAGUAAACCUGCAGUAGUUAAAAUUAAUCUAAAAUUAAUGGCACGCAUACAUUCCAAUUGUUCCUUUAUUCCAUCGUGGAUCUCACUGAUAGAUGAAACUGUUUUAACAAAAUGUAGUUUCCUUACUUCAGAAAAGUAUAAUAACGCGUCAGUGGAGAGAAGACGUUCAAAAAGCUGUAAUAAAACAAACUGCGUUAUAAUUCUAGCGCGAAACGAGAGUAAACAUGAUUAUCGUGUGUUAGAGGAAUUUAAAGAACGGGCAAAUGCCGCAAAACUGGAACUCAUUCUUUUUAAAACUGACGUAAGCUUUCGUCGCGAGAUAUUCCGACUUCGGAACCGUUCUGAAAGGUUUUUAUUCAUAGAUGAAGAUUUAUGGAAUCUAGAUCCUGAUAUCGUUUCACUUGAUCCUCCACCGUGUACAAAAGGAAGUAUUGAGUGUUCUAAUGAUCUUGAUACUAUUACUACGAUAAGGAUUGGAGACGGACGUAUUGUUAAGGAAUACGCUCCACCUAUUUAUACCUGGAUUAAUCAAUUUUCUCCAAAAGAAAAGGAUAUAAAAAAUGUUCUUGAAUACGAAUCCAAUUCGUUUAAAAACGUUAGCAAUAUAGAAGAGGCAGCCUGUGCUUGGGCACUUGACCAUAAAACAGACUUCGAAGAAUGGUUCCAAAAGGAUCGCAAGCGAAAUGAUCCCUUAAUAUAUAGGUUAGACGUAUACUUGUGUCAAGAUGAUCCAUAUAAUGCACUAUAUGAAAAAGUAAUGAAAAUAAUUGGACAAGACUAUUUUACUCAAACUACAAAGGACGUGAAUUACAAAACAGAAUUAUAUUACAGCUUAAUUAAUUGUUCUGAUAAUCACGAGUUACGAUGGGCCAUAUCAAGAAAGAGAAAAGAUGCGGCUGGGACUAUAACCUGGGCUUGGAAUGCAGGCGUAUUAGAAGCAUCGAACGCAGCCCAAUUUACGGAGGUUCCCCUAAUGCUAGCUGGUCCAGCAAGUGAUAGCGUACUUGGAAGAGCGACUUACACUGCAUCAGGCAAAAUGUCCGAUUUGGCGCAAGCAUAUAGAUACUUUUUAUCGCUAUGUAAAUGGAAACGAAUAGCAAUCCUUUCCGAUGAAACAGUAUACUCUGAAAAUUUUGCUAAAGCAAUUGUAAGGGAUGGUAAUCUUAAUUACGCUCAAGCAGUUAUUACAAACGAAACUGUCUUAACAGAGAUGAAAAAAAUAAAGCAGAGAGAUGCGCGAAUAUUUAUCGUUAACACGAGUUGUAAAAUGUCUAAAGAAAUACUAUUGAUUGCAAGUAAUUUGUUUACGCCAUUAGAGAAAUAUGUCUGGAUAGUACGAGAUUGGUGUAUAUUAAAGGACAAUUUUAGCCUGAAUGGUCUGACACACUUCACAAUAGAGUCAUCGCGGCGAGGUGGAUACAACUUUACCGGUUCUGUUGACUUAAGACUCAAAUUGGAAAAAAAUGUUUUUUUAUGGAGAAACACCACUGUUUCACCAGGUAUAUCCCAAUUAACUGAUGCAAUUUUAAUGCUUACACAUGGAUUUGACGCUUAUCACAAAACAGAUUUAUCUAAUCGUUACGAUUUACACGGAUCUGGUACAGCAAAGGACUUUUACAAUGCUGUCAACACAAUGAAUUCAAGCGGAACAUAUCAAAACCGUAUGUUAAGAAAUUACUCUCUUCACGAACCAUUAUUCUACCUGGAGCAAUGGCACACUUAUGAACGGCGUACUAUGGCUAUAUGGAAAAUAAUCAAUACUACAGUUGUUCCUGAAUGGUCCGCAUUGAACAACACAAAUUCAUGCAAUUCAUUAUUAGACGCAGAAAGAAUAGACGAUGGAAAGAAAUGCUUAAUGCCAAGCGGCGACCACUUCGACCCAAUUUGUCACGAUUUAACUAUAAUUCUGGUAACUAUUUGUCUCAUAUUAAUCUGUGCAGCAAUUUAUUAUGCCCAAAAACUACGUAAGAAACGCCUGAUAGAGGAAAGAGAAGCGUUGGUAGCCAGAUUACUAGAGAACCGUCAAAAGAAAGCAUCGGCCCUCGUGAGUUUUCUAGUGGAACGAGAAUCAAUCAGGCUGUUACACGAAAUUGGCUCCGGUUGCUAUGGACGGGUACACUUUGCGGAGUUAACCCGUCCAGGCCAUGGGACCUUAGUUGUGGCUGCAAAAGAACCACACGAAAGCUUUACACUUAGAAUAGAAGAAAACGAGAUACUCCGCGAAGCGUGCGUUCUCGCUAGGUUGGAACACAGUAAUGUUAUACGGCUGAUGGGAGUCUGUCUGGCAGAUGGGCCGCCACUAGUACUCAUGGAACACGCCAUAUAUUUGGAUCUUCAAAGAUACCUUACAGAGAGAAAACAUAUGAUUAUAAGCGAGAGACGGAUUAAAGAGGAGAAUGAGUGUGAUAUUUCAGAUGCAUGUUUGACGCGAUGGGGAUGCGAUGCCGUAACAGCUUUAGAAUAUUUAGGUAAGCGGCGUUUAGUUCACAGAGAUAUUCGCGCAGCCAAUUGUCUCGUGGAUAAACAGAGAUCUUUGAAAGUAGCAGACUUUGGCAUGGCACGGGAGUUAGACGAAGAAGAUGCCACGUAUAUGACAUGUCGUAAAGCUUUAUUCCCAGUAUUGUGGAUGGCUCCCGAGAGUUUGGAGAAGGGAGUGUUUUCGUUAGCGUCUGAUAUUUGGGCUAUGGGAGUAUUACUGCUGGAAAUAGCUACAAUAGGCGCCCGCCCUUAUGGAGAUUGGCCUACCUAUCGGGUUGUAAAACACGUCGCGAGUGGAGGAUGUCCACCCUUACCGCCGGACACUUUAAUACAAAUGCGUAUCACACUGGAAAAAUGUUGGCACCAGGACCCGGAGAUGAGGGUUACAGCCACAGAACUGCGUAAUUAUCUCAUGACAAACCCAAAAGUGAUAUCACCAGCUUUGCUAGCUCCCGAAUUACCCUUAACAUCACCAAUACCGGAUGAUUACCAAGCACCUUAA